GAGGGGGUGAGAGACAGAGGGGAAGAAGGGACCGCCGACCCGUGCUUCGUCGUCUUGUCUUUACUCUGAUUUAUAAACCCGUCAGGUUUAGAAAUGGAAGCCCUCUGAUUUUUUUUUUUUUUUAAAUUAAACACGAACAUUUAUUGGCUGAGGAAAAAUGCCACUUUUUACUUGAUAAAUGUCGUCAGAAACGCCGUUUUCGGCCGACUCGUUUCUGAGGUAAAAUAACGCGGCACUGCUUGACCGAGAGAGAAGCGUUCGUGUGGAGUGAGCCUUCCCUCAGCCUCAGCAUCCAGCUUCACACACGGUCCUCCCGAACUCAAAAUUCGUCUCGUUCGUCGUUUUCAUCUCUCAGGAAACAUAUUUAUUUGUGACCGAACGGGCUUUAGCCGCAGCUUGAAAACCGAGCAAUACAAGAACGGGAAGAAAUGAGGCACAGACAGAUGUAGCGACAGAUAUUUAAAUGAUAGAUAUUAUCUGACUAGUUUUGGUUCGCGCCUAGCGCAUUUGGUGAACAGAAAAAUGUUACAUAUCAUAUAUUUUAUUCAAAAGUAUAUUCAUUCAGCUCUUGUCAGUCAAGGGUUCAGCUGUUGAAUUUCUAUGUAGCUCACAGCAGCAGGCUAGCUAGAAAUAUAGCAACAUAUAUAUAUACCGUUCUUACCUUCAUGAUUCUUCCGUCCAAGAGAACAUUUUGCUUUUCUUUUUUGCCUGAACGUGCACUCUGUGCUCUGUUUUCUUGCAAGUUAAUGUUUUAAUUGUCACAUGAUUUUCAGUAGCUCUGUAGUAUGCACACACACAAGAAAAUCCUCGUUCAAAAGCAAAACAAUUAAUUUUAUUGAAGAAACUGUAAAACCAAGUGCUGAAGAUGAACUAUCUGAAGAGCCUGUGUAGAGGAAUGGCCCAAUAUCUGCUUCUUUUUAUCUUUACUGUUCUCCCUACCAUCACUGUGGCUACACAUAACACAACAUCUGGAGGCUGUGCAAUCAUUCGCCCACCGAGAGAUGGAGGAAUCCGGUACCGCGGGUUAACGCAGGAGCAGAUCCGCAGUGUGCAGAUUCUACCAGUGGACUAUGAGAUUGAGUACAUCUGCCGGGGGAAUCGGGUGAUUGUGGGGCCCAAAGUCAGGAAGUGUCUUCCCAAUGGCACCUGGACAGACCUCACACUGCGCAGCAGAUGCUUGCUCAUGUGCCCACGCGUGUGGACAUCCUUAGAAAAUGGGCAGGUGACAGUGUUACCCCCAGGGCCACCAGUGGAGGGGACAGUGUUGCAGUACAACUGCCUGACAGGCUUCCGACUGGUGGGCCGCAACUCCACACUGUGCACCAAACUGGGAAAAUGGGACUCACCCAAACCUGUCUGUCACUAUGAUCGCCAUUACUCAGGCAAGAAGAAACUGUACAUAGGGGCCCUGUUCCCCAUGAGCGGAGGUUGGCCUGGAGGUCAGGCGUGUCUCCCCUCUGCCCAGAUGGCUCUGGACUUGGUCAACAAGAGGACAGACAUCCUGCCCGACUACGAGCUGGAGCUUAUAUACUACGACAGCAUGUGUGACCCAGGUGAAGCCACCAAACUUCUCUACGACCUCCUCUACACGGAGCCCAUUAAGAUUGUGUUGAUGCCUGGCUGCAGCUCAGUCUCCACACUGGUGGCCGAGGCGGCUCGCAUGUGGAACCUCAUUGUGCUGUCCUACGGCUCCAGCUCCCCGGCCCUCUCCAAUCGGCAGCGCUUCCCCACCUUCUUCCGCACACACCCCUCUGCCACCCUGCACAACCCCACUCGUGUGCAGCUCUUCCAGAAGUGGAAGUGGACAAAGAUUGCCACUAUCCAGCAAACCACUGAGGUCUUCACAUCUACUCUGGAUGAUCUGGAGCAGAGGGUGAAGGAAGCUGGCAUUGAGAUCAGCGUACGACAGAGCUUCCUCACUGACCCUGCAGUGGCUGUCAAGAACCUCAAGCGUCAGGAUGCCAGGAUCAUCGUGGGCCUCUUCUAUGAAACAGAGGCCAGGAAAGUGUUCUGUGAGGUUUUCAAAGAAAAGCUCUAUGGAAAGAAGUACGUGUGGUUCCUAAUUGGCUGGUAUGCAGACAACUGGUUCAAAAUCAAGGACCCUUCCAUCAACUGCACCGUUGAGAACAUGACGGAAGCCGUGGAGGGACAUGUCACCACAGAGAUUGUCAUGCUCAACCCAGAGACAGUCCGUGGGGCAUCGAACCUGACAUCCCAGGAGUUCUUGGAGCAGCUGAUGUCCAGGCUGGGGGGCAAGAACCCUGAGGAGACAGGGGGCUUCCAGGAAGCACCGCUGGCCUACGAUGCUGUGUGGGCCCUGGCGCUGGCCCUCAACAAGACUGUAGAGCCCCUGAAGGCCAAGGGCCGCCGACUGGAAGACUUCAACUACAACAACCACGACAUCACAGCCGAGAUCUACCGGGCACUGAACACCAGCUCCUUUGAGGGAGUGUCGGGCCACGUAGUGUUUGAUGCCCAGGGUUCGAGAAUGGCCUGGACCCUUAUUGAACAACUGCAAGGUGGAAGCUAUAAGAAGAUUGGUUACUACGACAGCACCAAGGGCAACCUUUCCUGGUUUGGCAAUGACAAGUGGAUAGGCGGGGCGCCACCUGCUGACCAGACCGUGGUCAUCGAGGAGUUCAGGUUCCUGUCUCAGAAGCUGUUUGUGUCUGUGUCCGUGUUCGCCGGCCUGGGCAUCUUGCUCGGGAUCGUGUGCCUCACGUUCAACAUCUACAACAGUAACGUCAGGUACAUCCAGAACUCACAGCCCUACCUGAACAACAUGACCGCUGUGGGCUGCAUGCUGUCUCUGGCUGCUGUCUUUCCUCUUGGCAUUGAUGGGCUCCAUGUACACAGGGUUCGGUUCCCUGUUGUUUGCCAGUUCCGGCUGUGGCUGCUGGGACUGGGCUUCAGCCUAGCUUAUGGCAGCAUGUUCACCAAGAUCUGGUGGGUGCACACAGUCUUCACCAAGAAGGAUGAGAAGAAGGACAAGAGGAAGCACCUGGAGCCCUGGAAGCUCUACGCCACUGUGGGUGUUCUGUUGGGCAUUGACAUCCUGUCACUCAUGAUCUGGCAGAUUGUGGACCCCUUACACAUCACUGUGGAGAAGUUCACUCGAGAAGCACCAAAAGGAGACCUGGAUGUCUUGAUCCAGCCGUUAUUGGAGCACUGCAGCUCAGAGAAGAUGAACACAUGGCUUGGGGUGGUGUAUGGAUACAAGGGAUUGCUGCUUUUGUUGGGCAUUUUCCUGGCCUACGAGACCAAGUCGGUGUCCACGGAGAAGAUAAAUGACCACCGCGCCGUGGGAAUGGCCAUCUAUAAUGUGGCAGUUCUCUGUAUGAUCACAGCACCCGUCACCAUGAUCCUCUCCUCCCAGCAAGACGCCUCCUUCGCUUUUGCCUCUCUGGCCAUUGUCUUCUCCGUCUACAUCACUCUGGUAGUGCUCUUCAUCCCCAAGAUGCGACGGCUCAUCACUCGCGGGGAAUGGCAGUCAGAGCAGCAGGAAACCAUGAAGACUGGCUCCUCCACCAAUAACAACGAUGAGGAGAAGUCGCGGCAGCUGGAAAGAGAGAACAAGGAGCUGCAGAAGAUCAUACAGGAAAAAGAGGAGAGGGUGUCGGAACUGCGGAACCAGCUGACUGAAAGACAAGCGCUACGCUCCAGGAGGCGUCUUUCUGGCCAAAACCAGAACCACAGCACCCCCGCGCCCCCUGCCUCCCAGAAUGACCCUAAAUCCCUGCUGCCCCCACCCGGAUACCCCCUCCCGUCAUCUGACAACCACUCCCUCCCACCUUCCUUCUCUAACUCCUCCAACCUCUACCAGCCCGACGGCAAGAUAGGUCGCAACAACUGCCACACCAGCCGGCUGCAGCUACUCUACAAGUGAUGGAGGAGUGAGGCAGGAGGGAAGGAGAGCAGAGAGGAGUGAAAAAGGGUUUAAGCAAGAGGAGUGGAAGGACUGUGAAUGGGAGGAACCAUUAUGAUUCAGGGGUGCAAUGUGAGGGGUCUCAAAUGGGACAUGAAGGCAUUGCCUAAGAAGAGCAAACAAAGUGACACGAGAUAUGGAUGAAGAAGUGGAAAAGGAAUAUGGUUGCGAUUAAGCAAUAGAAAUGAGGGGUAAGACAGAAUGUUCCAGGAGGUGAGGAUUUUGGUGAGAAUUACAGUUUUCCCUCGAUUUUACUUCAUCUCUUUCUGGGUGUAAAUGCAGGGCUUGGUCUUUUGUACACACUAAGCCUUCCCACAUUUUUUCAACACAUUUCUUACUACUGCAUGAAAUGUAUUACAUGUUUACUGGAAAAAAUUCAUAUAUGUGUGACCGUCAUGAAGGGGAUGUAGUCAUGGUGCUUAGAUGGUCUUAUGGAUCUUCUAAGCAUUUGCCACAAGUCCUUCCAUGAGGUGACUCCUGGGAUGAGAAGACUCCCUCUUAUUUUUAUGAAGUGAAUGGCAACUGUUUCUUCGAAGAGGCCUGUGUGUGUAACACAGGCAGUGGUGCUGGGGGUGGAUUAAAGUUGCUUUUCAACAGGUGGCUGAGCUAUAUAUGAAACACAAGAUUGUUUCUCCAGUUAGCAAAUCAUGAAUUUUUGUCCCGCUCCUGAAUGCUGAGACCAGCUCAUCCUGAAGUUCAGAAGGACCUGGUUUGCCCCUCCCUCAGUCAUUGUGUUAAAGGUGACUCUUAGGGCUCUGCUUGUGUCAGGAAACUAUUUUAAAUGUUUGUGAAUGAAGGGACAGUUUGGACAAAGCGAGUGUUAUGAGGGUAAUCAAGUAUGUUGGAUUAAUAGACCCUGACAAUGAAUGAUGAAGAUGACUGCACUGAACCAAAUACACACAACAACUCCUGGUUGGGUUGACUGCCCAAGGUGCUGUCUGUGUGCUGUGUGACUAAUUAUAAAGAAUUACUGCACAAUGGUUUUACAUGCUAAAUUAACUUGAAAACACACACAGAUUUUCUGCAUAAACCUAAGAUGUUUAGGAGGAAGUUUUUUUUUCUCAUUUGUUUGCAAUAAUAUCACUGUAAAGUAAACAUGUUCAUGCCUCCUGCACUUGUAUUUGUAUCUGCCGAUGAAGUCCAAAAGCAAUAUCGAAGAGGUGCGGGCAAACCAAGGACUUCUUUGUGGAACUUCGUCCCAUUCCAUCUUAGCAUUGCUUGAGACCUCUUUUAGUUGUAGGCGGAGCUGUAUAGUAGGCAGAACUCUGUUGUAGCUGGAGCUCUGUUGAAGGUGGGGCUCUGUUGUAGGCGGAGCUAUUUUAAGCACAAACUCAAACCGGUGAACUCCCUUGUCCUGCGUUUCUCUCAAACUGCUCCUUGAGAAGCAAGAUCUAGCUGUCUGCCCAGCAGUUGCCAAUCUAAUCAUCACCUCUCUGCCCAACCUGUAUUAUCCAUUGAUCAACCCAUUAUUGAUUAUUAUUCAGUGCAGAGUUCUGUGUUCCUGAACCUAGUCCAGAAGCAUAGGAUGUGCCAACCUGUGUUAUGUGGAGAAUUAGGGAUGCAUGGUAGUAACCAGAGGCUAGAAAAAUUCAGUAACAGUCAGAAUGUUCAUAUGUCCUUCUUUCUGUAGCGUUUUGUUCUGGGUGACCAGGACAUCCGGGAAAAGUUUUACUGUGCUGGAAAACAGAAGGCACUGUACGGCGCAGGGUUGUUUGGUGACUUGUGAAAUGCACUUUGUUUCUUUGACAUUUCAGAGUUUUCUGAUACUGCUCACGUCUCCCGAAAUUUGUGAAUCCGUCACUAAUGUUGAGGGCAUCCUUGUGCUUUAGAAUUAACCUGCAGUCUCACAGAUCCAUCCUGUGCCAUUAUUUGAGCAUUCAUCAUCCAGUGUCCAUCAUGUCACAGCACACCAGGCAUAUUGCACACUCCCUUUCUGGAAUGGAGGCCCCUUGUGCCUGGAAAGCGUAAAAAAAUGCGACCGUGUUACGCUCUGUUACACUCUGUUACACCAUGUUUAAUGUUAAGUUAUUGCUGUGCUUCCUGUGUUUCCGUGGUAACAGUCCGAGGAGCUACUUUUACCCUACCAAGCUUUGUGGUUAACUUUACAAAGUAGAGGAAACCUUUAAGUUCUAUAGCAGCUUACAGGCGUAUGAAAAGCUUUGUAAAUGGAAACGAGAGUUAUUCAGCGUUCAGGCCCGAGCAGGAAGCGGGGGGGGGGGGGGGGGGGGCACAGGGGCCUGCAUAUGGUUUAAAGUUUAUCAUUUUUGCAGCAGACAUAUCUUUCUGUUCCUGCUGUCCUCUUUGCUGAUGUUUUUGUGAGACACCUGUUGCUCACAACCUCACUCUCUGUCUUCUUUUAUGUUGGUUAAUGUAUUUUUCAUUUUUCUGACUUUUUUUAAAAUGAAACCUACCUGCCUAUCAAUAUUUGUCCAAUAGAAUACUGUAAUAAUGC